AUGUCGCUGUACGCAGGCAUAGCGCUUGGCGACAGCGCCGAGCCCACGGAGCCGAUCCUGAUCGCUGAAAAGACUGCGCCUGAGCAAUCACCGCCCGAGCCUGCAGCAGCAGUCGACGCAGCGAAGGAGGUGAAGGCACCAGAGACGAAGAAGCCGAAUUGGUCGGCAUCUCUCUCUUUUGCACCCGUCAAGCGCAAGCCAGCAGCACAGCCAAAGAAGCCAUCGACGGCCUUGUCCAGCGCUUUCUUGCUGUCUUCGAGCAACGAUGACCUGAACGAGUCUCAAGCAAAGAAGAUCAAGCUUGCGCCUGCAUCCUCGGGAAGGGCACCGCUCACACCGGCUGAUUCGAUCCUCCCAGCAGUCAAUCGGCCGAGCUCGUCGACCCAUGCAAAGGAAACAGCUGCACCUGCACAACCCGUGACAGACAGAGCAGCGCCGUCAAGGACGGCUUCAGCAGGACCAUCGACAAGCAGAACGCCUCGUGUGAUACCCAAGCCACCGCCUCUCACGCUGCCAGAGUCCACGAAAGAGCAGGAAGACAUCAACGGCUUCCGCUCCUCCGAGGCAGGCAAACGUCUUGAAGCCCAACGAAACAAGAAGAACAAGAAACGCGGCAAGCUAGCGAAGGAACUCGCACCGCUGGACUAUGGCGCGGAUUAUGAUCCCGCAAGGCCAAACGACUACAAUGACUGGCUCAAACAUGUCGCUCAACUCAAGGAGGAAAAAAUACAAGCUGCGCUCGACCGCCUCAACGAGAAAAAGAGUGCACAGUACGACAAUUCGUCCUACAGCGAGGACGAAUCGGAUGAUGACGCUCGCUCAAAUUCUGCACCAAAGCCAAAAGGCAUGCUAUUCGCUCCGCCAGCCGCUUAUGAUGACGAUCGAGCGCCCUCUCCCGCGCGAGAAGUGCAACCGCUCGCCAACACCGCAGAAGAGGCUUACGCUCGUCGUGCAGCCAUGUCGCGGCAGAUGCAAGAUCCCUUGCCAUCUGCAAUCACUCCCAUUGCUCAGACUGCCGACGAAGCUUAUGCAAGACGUGCGGCCAUGUCUCGACCUGCUCCCGAACCAUCCGCCUUUGUCGCACCUCCAGAGCCGAUCUUCACUCGGCCUACGCCUGCUCAGUCGGGCGACGAGGCGUAUGCUCGCCGUGCGGCCAUGUCUGCCCAGCCAACGCCUUCUUUCGUCGCUGCUGCUGCGCCUGCCGAGCCCGCGCCUGUAGCAACACCUGACGACGCAAGCCCAGAAGCAUCUCAGGCCAAGAUGAUCGCGGAGGCACAAGCCAAAGCGCGCGCUAUUGCCGAACGCUUCAGCAAGCUCAAAAAGCCAUCACCCGAAGCAAGCACGGCGACCGCACAGGAACCGCGUGAUGUUGCUGCGAGUCUCAUGUCCAAAUGGGGCUGGCGGGAAGGCCAAGGCUUGGGUGUCGAUAACGCUGGCAUGCUCAAGCCUUUACAAGCUGUGUCCCAUCACGAGGAGCCAUCGGGCAAUGCCAAAAAUCGCAAAGGGAAGCCAACAGAAGCGACUGAACAGCCUCAGCAUCAGAACAGCAUGGCAGGCAAAGGUAGAGGCACGAUCGUGUCUGAUCAUCUGUCGCAGCAGAAGCGCGAAGAGCGGGAGAAGUUUGGCGAGCCAACGCCCGUCGUGCUAUUGACCAACCUGGUCGGCCGGGACGAUGUGGAUGAUGACCUCACGGGCGAGAUAGCGGAAGAAGCACGCAAAGGUGGUAUCGUCGAGCGAUGCCUAGUACACCUGAUGCCUCAGCUCACCGCACAGCCUCUACCCGACGAGGAUCAAGUGAGAGUGUUUGUGCUCUUCUCGGGUCUCGUAGGAGCCUUCAACGCAGUAAGAAGCUUCGACGGACGCUUCUUCGGGGGCAGAACAGUCAAAGCGCGGUUCUACAACCAAGCUGCAUUCCAAGCUGGCGUUUUCGAUCUGUAG